AUGAAGACGACCUUCACCGCACUCCUCGCCCUCGUGGCGGUGGCCCAAGGCGCCAAGCAGGCGAAGCAGGGGCAGAACAAGGGCAACCAAGGAGCCCAGAUUGUGGGCGGCAACAACAGCACCAACAGCAACGCAGCCGCGGGGGCCGCCAAGAACGGCACGGCCAACAGCGGCAGCGGGAAGCAGGCGCAGGCCGGACCCAGCGCCGACGCGUGCGCGGCGGGCGCCAUCCUAGCCAUGGGCAUCAACACCAACAUCGCGGACCAGCAGAUGGAGCUGCAGGCGGUCGGCAACGUGCAAAAGGCGCUGCAGGCCAACGACGCCAACGCGUUUGCGCAGGCCAAGGCCACGCUGCUGCAGUUUGUGCAGAACGGCAUCGCCAUCCGCCAGGCGAACCAGCAGAUCGCCCCGCCGGGCAACCCGGCCAUCGCGGGGCUCGACAUCGUCGCCAACGCCCAGCUCACCGAGCUCGGCCUGGCCAACAACCUCACCGGCAACGCCGCCACCGACAAUGCCAUCCUGCAGGAGCUGACCAAGGACUUUACCGGCGGCAUUGAGCAGAACAAGAAGAACGCGGCUGCUGCUGUACAAGGCUGCCCGAACGGUGGUGCCGCGAACGGUGGUGCCGCCAACGCCGGCGCCGACAAGGGAAAAGACGCAAAGGCCGGUGAUGCUGCCAAGGCUGGCGACAAGAACAAGGAUGCCGCAAAGGCUGGUGAUGCAAAGGCUGGCGAGAAGAACAAGGAUGCCGCAAAGGCCGGUGAUGCUGCCAAGGCCGGUGCGGAAAAGAACAAGGGUGCUGCAGAGGACAAGAACAAGGGAGCAGCAAAUGCCGGUGCUGACAAGAACAAGGGUGCUGCCGAGGACAAGAACAAGGAUGCCGCAAAGGCUGGUGACGCCGCCAAAGCUGGUGAUGCGGCCAAAGCUGGUGACGCCGCAAAGCCUGGUGAUGCCGCAAAGGCUGGCGACGCCGCCAAAGCUGGUGACGCCGCCAAAGCUGGUGAUGCCGCAAAAGCUGGUGAUGCCGCAAAAGCUGGUGAUGCCGCAAAGGCUGGCGACGCUGAAAAGCACCAGGCCAAAAUUGUGCAAAAGUCUGUCAACGUCGAAGAGGACGAAGAGGAGGAGCCCGCACCCCCUGUCCGCCGUCGCUUUGUCCAGUGGUAG